AUGCCAGGCAGUCUGCACCAUGCCCUCGUCUCCGAGACCACCGGCACCUACUCUGCCCUCUGCGUGGUGAAGGAUAAGCCCAACGCCCCCAUUAAAGCAGCGGGUGCAGUUGCCGCGCUGACCCCGGGGCGUUCUUUGCAGCUCACUGCCCGACAGUUUUGGGAAGUGCAGAAAGUUCAAGGUCGCGCUGCAGCAACUGGCGCGCUCGGAGCGGCGCCGCGCGGGGGUCGGGAGGUCCGCGGGAGGUCGGCCGGCCCGCAGGGGCGCAGCGCGCUGCGGAGCCGGGGAGGAGGGGGAGGCGAGCAGGGAGGGAGGAGCCACCUGCACGCCGGGCUCCCCGUCGGCCCGCCCCGAGGGGCGUGUGCGGGGCGGGGCGGGGCUGGCGGCGGACUUCGGUCCCCGGGCGGGCGCUGCAGGCCGGCGGCGGCGGCGGCGGCGUCCGGGGGUGCGGGAGCCAUGUCGGCGGCGCUGCUGGGGCUCCGGCCCGAGGUGCGCGACACCUGCACGUCGCUGGCGCUGAUGCUGUCGGUGGUGCUGUUGGCGGGGCUGGCCCGCGUGGUCGCCCGGCACCAGCUUCGCAGGCCCGUGGCCCACGCCUUCGUCCUGGAGUUCCUAGCCACCUUCCAGCUCUGCUGCUGCACCCACGAGCUGCAGCUGCUGAGCCAGCAGGACCCCGCGCACCCCACCUGGACGCUGACCCUCAUCUACUUCUUCUCGCUGGUGCACGGCCUCACUCUGGUGGGCACCGCCAGCAACCCGUGCGGAGUGAUGAUGCAGAUGAUGCUGGGGGCUAUGUCUCCCGAGAUGGGUGCCGUCAGGUUGCUGGCUCAGCUGAUGAGCGCCCUAGGCAGCAGGUACUGCAUAGGUGCCCUGUGGAGCCUGGGUCUGGCCAAGUACCACUUCGACGAGAAGAGCUUAGCUUGCAAGAACCCCAUCCACGCCGACCUGUCCAAAGCGAUCGUCACCGAGGCCAUCUGCUCCUUUAUUUUCCACAGCGCUCUGCUGCAAUUCCAAGAGGUCCGGAACAAGCUUCGCAUCCACCUGCUGGCUGCGCUCAUCACCUUUUUGGCCUAUGCAGGAGGAAGUAUAACAGGAGCUCUGUUUAAUCCAGCAUUGGCACUUUCACUACAUUUCAUGUGCUUUGAUGAAGCUUUUCAUCAAUUUUUUAUAGUAUACUGGCUGGCUCCUUCUUUAGGGAUAUUGCUGAUGAUUUUGAUGUUCAGCUUUUUCCUUCCAUGGCUGCAUAACAACCAAGCAACUAAUAAAAAGGAGUAACUGUUCCAAAGACUCAAACUAAGUUACAGGACAGUCCUGCUGACGUGAUCAAGAUCUUUAUCACCUCAUAUGCAAAAUCAGGCCACAGCGGAUUGUCAGUUUUCACUUCCUUUGAGGGACCGUCUUAAACUCUUCAUCACUGGGACUUAAAAUUACUGUGAAAAUGAGGUAUCCUGUAUCUCUCAGUUAAGACUUCUUUCUAGUGAUGUGUUAAAUGCUGCUAGAGAAGAUUCAUUCAUUAAAACCUCAGAAACCUCA